AUGCCUCCCAAACGUGGUUCCGCGGCCCGCGGAGUGCGACGCGUGGAGACACCCCGCAUGGCCCGCGAAAAACCCUCGACAAGGGCUGAAAAAGGAGUUGCUCCUUCAGUGGCGGCAGAAACACCAUUAGAAGCAGCUGCAGAGGUCUCGCCGGAAGAUUUGUUUUUGACGCCGCCCCCGCAGCAGCCAGCUGACAAGGAAGAAGCGACAAAAGAAGCUCUUCCAUCCGCCACUGUCUUGUCUUUGAGGGACGAAGUCAUCUGGAGCGACGACGACAACGACGACGACGACGAUGGUGUGUUCUUGUUUCCCGAUGCACAAGAUCUGGUCGAGGUGAAGGAAUCCAACCCGGACGUUAUUCGUGUUGGUACGACGCAAAAGUUGGAUGAGUCAGACAGCAGCGAGGAUGAGGCAACACUAAACCGCGUCGGGGACAUUCCACUUGAGUGGUACAAGGAUGAAACGCACUACGGGUACGAUGUUGAGGGUCGUAAGCUGAUGAAAAGCGAGCGCUCCGCGUUGGAACGUCUGUUGGAUGCGACGGAUGACCCCAACGCAAUGCGAACCAUCUACGAUGCCCUCCAUGACGAAAAGAAAACAUUGAGCAAUGCGGACCUGCAGAUGAUAUUUAACCUGCAGCGCAACCGCACGCCAAAUGCAAAAUACAACAUGUACGCCGAUGUGUUGACGGAUAGCGUUGAGUUUGACUUUCUUAAUCACCCUUUGGCGCGAGGAGGAGGACCGUCCAAGAAAAAGUUUAUUCCUGCUCCAAGUGACAUGAAGAUCAUUGAAAAGAUGGUGCGUCGUCUUAGGAAGGCAGAAGAAAACAAAACCGAUGAAAAGGAGGAGACUCCACUUGAUGAGCCUCUUGUGAUCUGGGACGACGGUAAGGUAGAAAUGGAUCCCCACACCAAGUUCAAGUAUCAACACCGCGUGCCAAAGCCGAAGGUUCCGCCUCCAGGCACAUAUGAGAGCUAUCGUCCACCACCGGAGUAUCUUCCGAGUGAGAAGGCGCGACAGCGGUUUGCCAGGCUGCGACCGAUUGACAGAAAAGAGCACUUUCUUCCACAAUCCUUUGACGCGCUACGACAUGUUCCCUUUUAUCACCACACGAUCCAAGAUCGAUACCAACGCUGUCUUGAUCUCGCCUUCUUUCCGCGUGCACAACGGACCCGUCUUGUUGUGUCACCAUCGGAGCUUCUACCAGAGUUGCCUGAUCCGAAGGACCUUCGACCGUAUCCAGAGCGCCUUUCAUUCCAGUAUAAGGGCCACACAGCAACGGUGCGCAGCGUUUCUGUCAGUCCCAACGGACAAUUUCUUGCAACAGGAUGUGACGACCAUUUAGUGCGCGUCUAUGAGGUAAUGACGGGCCGUCUGAUGAAGCGCUAUGACAUGGGGGCUCCUGUGCAGCAGGUUGAGUUUUGCCCUGUAAAAACACUCAACAUCUUAGCAGUUGCCGUGGAAUACAGUCUUGUCUUUAUUGUCCCCAAGUUUGCUGCUCAUCAGGUGGUGAAUGAGCACACGAUUCGCCAUCUUCGUGCCCCUGGCAGUACAGCGAAUGAACCAAUGGAGAAUCACAUCACUGGGGGAGAAAUGUCACUUGGAGGAGCUGGCAUCACGCAGAUGACACUGGACAAGGAUGAAUCUGCUCAUCGUCUUGUAAAUGAUCUGCAUGACACGGAGGAACGUGAGAAACGCGCAGAGUUUGUCGAUGCUUCAGUUCAGGAGCGCAGUGCCGGUAUUGUAGUCAAAAUUGCAUUGCAUGGCAAGGUGAAGCGCUUCACGUUCC